AAUUUGUGAAGUUUGUAAUGAAUUCGGGUACUAUGAAACUGGUGCAAUAAUUUAGUGCACAUUUUAUAAAAGUGCAAUAAUAUGAUACCUGUUUUAAAUUUAAAUAUUUACUCACUUCUAAUAUUACUUUUAUGUGCAGUCGAUCUUCAGCAAGAAAAUACAACAUUACAAGAUCCAAACAAGGAGAACAUUUGUGUGGUAGAAAAAGAUAAGGAAUUUGAUAGUUUAUUCUCUGCAGGACAACCGAAAUAUUCAAAAGAUUUACUAAGUAGUGAUCGUUGGGAGAAUGAUGACUGGGUGAUAAAAGAAUCAAGCAACUUGAUUACUAGACCUAAUUUUGAAGAACAUUUUAGUGGCUGGAAUAUAAAGAAACGGGACGCAUUUUCGGUGAACUUAUUGUCUUCCUACAGUUUUUCGGUAAAUGAAACAAGCGAGAUUACAUUUUUUGCGUCCGAAGGAUCAGCUCACGAUAGAUAUCAGCAUAAAAUAAACGACACAGAAAUUUGGACCACGUUUACACUUUGUGUAAACGAUGGAAAGUUGUUAUAUUAUGAAAAUUAUACAAAUAUACGACACGUCUUACUGGUUCCGACAACAUUAUAUAUACAAACUUUAACAGCUAAUUUUAAAAUCUACGAUUAUGAGUUUAAAGAAGCCAGUGAUAUCACCAAAGAAUAUACAAAUAUAUUGAAAAUUCCAGGUUCCGAAGAGGUCGAUUUAAUUCUUUCUGUUUCUUUGUGCAGAAGUUGUGUUCUGGUUGUAACGUAUAAUGAUCAUAAUUGUUUUAUAUUUUCAUCUAACGACGAAAGUAAUGAACGGUGGGGAAGACAUAAAAUAAAAAUAAAUCCUAAAAUUUCCAAUCAGGUCAUGUUUAGUCGAAUCCAGAAUAACCCAACCGAAAAGGGAUACUGGAGAUUGCACUUAACAGCAACACUAGUAAAUAAUGCAGUUGCUACCUCCAACCACACAAUAGCAUCAACAAUACCAACCAUAAUACUUUUAUUGUUCAUGUACGACUGUACCGGUUUGAAAUUCUAACAGAAUGUCGGUGUAAUCAAUCUUCCAAAUCUAAUAGUAAGUCGCAACCUCAAGAUGGAUCAAACAUUGAUGAAGAAACACCAAAUUCGUCGAGUCUUAAUUGUGUUAUUGACAAAAAUAAAGCUUUACAGCCAACAGUACCUAUAAGUGACUACUAAUGAUUGAAGCAAAUUUUUGUGUUGCCGAUUCUGAAUCAUUGCCACCAAUGUUAUCACGGCAGAGAAGAUGGCAACUACUGAUUUGGUGCCUGAAAUUUCCAGUUCACGAUCAGGUAUGCCAUGAUAAAAUUUUAAAUAUGUCGCCAACAUCGCAAACAUUAAUAGUCACUCGGUAUUUAUAUAACA